GUGACUUCUAUACCGGAGCGAUGUCGGUGCACGGCAGUGACGGGGCUGCGUCGCUCGAGGCCUUCAAGACGCCUCGUAAGGUGGACAGGAGGACCUCUUCGGACGUGUCCACGCCGUCGCCGGCGUUCGCCAUCCCGGCCUCACCGUUCAUGCAGAAGUUUGGAUAUGGGACCGGAGUCAGCGUGUACCUGAUGAAGAGGUCUCCGAAGGGUUUGUCUCGCUCCCCGUGGGCUAUCAAGAAGAUCAGCAAGCAGUGUGACAAAUCCAGCAAGAAUCUGUAUGAGGAACGGCUGAACGUGGAGGCCAAGAUCCUGAAGGACUUGCAGCACCCCAACAUUGUUGGUUAUCGAGCCUUCACCAAGUCUAAAGAUGGCAGCUUGUGUCUUGCAAUGGAGUACGGUGGCGAUAAAUCUUUGAAUGACCUCAUAGAAGCCCGGAACGAGGAGGGACUGGGCCCGUUCCCUGCUCCGGUUAUUCUGAAAGUAGCGCUACAUAUGGCCAGGGGCCUGAAGUAUCUGCACAUUGAGAAGAAGAUCCUCCACGGAGACAUGAAAUCCUCCAACGUUGUCAUCAAAGGCGACUUUGAGACUAUUAAGAUCUGUGAUGUUGGGGUGUCUCUGCAUCUGGAUGAAAACAUGACCGUGACCGAUCCAAAGGCCUGCUACAUUGGCACCGAGUCCUGGAAACCAAAGGAGGCUUUGGAGGACGGUGGUGUCAUCACUGAUAAGGCCGAUAUCUAUGCGUUCGGCCUCACCUUGUGGGAGAUGAUGACUCUGUCCAUACCGCAUCUCAACCUGCCGGGCGAAGACGACGAUGAUGAAGAGGAUUCCUUUGAUGACGAUGACUUCGACGAGGAAGCUUAUUACGAGGCUUUGGGGACGCGGCCGGCACUGAACAAGGACGAGCUGGAUGAGUCCCACCAGAGAGUGAUAGAAUUGUUCUGCAUGUGCACCAGCGAGACCCCCGAGGAACGGCCCUCCGCGGCUCAGAUUGUGGCAGCUCUGGAAGCGGAAGGCGUCCAAUAA